AACAGUAGUUUUUUACAGAAUAAUUCCCGGCCGAAAAAAGCCAUCGCGAACAACUUUCAGAUGUUUGCUUCUGUGGUGUAGUUUUGCUAUGUUACAUUGGAAUAUAUUUACCCGAUAGCAAGAAUGGAUUCGGUUCAUAUGAUAGCGCAUAUCGAAAAGUCGUUAGAUUACUCCGUAUUCGAUGUAAAGUGGAUUCCUAGUUCGGCAAAGUUCGUGGUGAUUGGUUCGAAACCGAAAGGAACCGGUAUUAUACAGGUGUAUCAGCUAUGCGCGGAAGGAUUGGAUAAACUAUAUGAAACGGAGAAACCCCAGUCUUUCAAAUGUUGCUCGUUUGGUGCUUCGCAACUACGAGAGACACAGUUGGCCACGGGUGAUUUUGUAGGCAAACUGGCAAUCUAUGACGUGGAAAGAUUGGGUAAUGCAAUAUACGAAGCCGAAGCCCAUGCUGGAAUUAUUAAUGCAAUAGAUGCUAUUGGAGGGACGACGGUCAAUUGUGGUGCUCCAGAAAUUGCAACGGGUGGCAGGGAUGGAUCGGUAAAGAUUUGGGAUCCAAGGCAAAAGAACGAUCCAGUCGCACAUAUUAGUGCUAUAGGCAACAGUCCGGCCGAAAUAAGAGAUUGCUGGGCAGUAGGAUUUGGAGAUUCUUAUAAUUCUUUAGAGCGUUCUGUAGUUGCGGGAUACGAUAAUGGUGAUAUCAAACUUAUUGACUUACGUGUAAUGAAGGAGCGAUGGACAACCAAUGUAAAAAAUGGUGUGUGUGGAGUUGAGUUCGACCGAAGGGACAUCAAAAUGAAUAAGCUUGUUGUGAGUACCUUGGAAGGUGGAUUGCAUGUUUUCGACAUGCGAACUCAGCACUCGGAAAAGGGAUUCGCCAAGUUGUCGGAGAAAAACGCAGGUCAAGCUUUAGGUACUAACGGGGUUAUUAACGGAGCAAAGUCAACCGUAUGGGCGGUCAAACAUUUACCCCAGAACCGUGAUAUUUUUGCAAGCUGUGGAGGAUCAGGAAAUGUUCGACUGUGGCUUUAUCACUAUCCUGAGGCGCGAGUCAAAACGCUUAGCAGCGGAGAACAGCAUGGUGUUGUUGGCAACCUGGAAAUGUUGAAUGCGACAACUUUAUCAACACAGCCGGUGCAUGCUUUUGAUUGGAGUCCUGAUAGACAAGGUCUGGCUGUUUGCGGAUCAUUCGAUCAAACUGUGCGUGUUCUGGUAACUACAAACCUACAUUUGCAUUAA